GACAAGCCAAGAGCUUCACAAAUGUUAAGCUAUACCAACCAAAGGGGUGGGAAAAGUGCUUCUUUUUAUCGGAAGUGGAGAUGCGCACGAAAGGUCGGGUGUGACGGAAACGGAUUGGGGAAAAGAGGGGAGAGAUGGGGAUAGGUUUAAAUGACGAUGAGAGAAGAAGAAGACGAGGGUACGAUUCCGGUGGGCGGAUUUGGAGAUGGGGACGUUUAGAGGGAGAGGUGGAAACCACCGGCGGUUUUUGGGACGGGUCGAACGGCACGUGCCGGUUGAGGGAAGAUGGAAGGUUCCGGAAGCCGGUGAAUUUUCAAAGUUUCGGCGUGCGUGUAUGGUUUUUGUAUGGUUUUGGGCCUGGUGGGCUGGGGGCCCAAGGGAUACACGAAACAGGAUUCCAGCUGGGUAACUACCAACUGACUAGCAAUAGUAACCGGUCUCCUCUCGUACUCACUUCUCACCACCCUCGCCUCUCUCUUUCCCUCUCCCUCUCCCUCUCCCUCUGUCAUUCCAUCAAACACCUCAUGCGCACCAUCGGCUACGCCGCUCUCAUCUCCCGCUGCGCCCACCCGCGCCUCCUCUGCCAAAUCCAAGCCCAGCUCACCACCUCGGGGCUCCUCCCCUCCAGCGUCUUCUUCCACAACGCCCUCAUCCGCGCCCACUCCUCAGCCGACUCCAUCUCCCUCUACGCCCACCUCCUCCGCCGCGGCCUCCUCCCCGACGCCCACACCUUCCCCUUCCUCCUCCGCGCCUGCUCCCUCGUCCCCGCUCCUCCCCAGGGCCUCUCCGCCCACGCCCACGCUCUCAAGCUCGGCCUCGCCUCCGACCUCUUCGUCAACAACGCCUUCAUCCACUUCCACUCCGUCGCCGGGCGCGUGUCCGACGCGAGGAGGCUCCUCGACGAGGCCGCAGUGGUCGACGAGGUCUCCUUCAACUCCAUGAUUAGUGGGUACGCGAGACUUGGCGAUCUACAUAACGCACGAAAAGUGUUCGACGAAAUGCCCGCGAGAAAUGUGGUUUCUUGGAGCGCGAUGGUUUCCGGGUACGUUCAAGGAGGUCGCUCCAAGGAAGCGUUAGAGGUUUUCUCACAAAUGCAAGCUGAAGGGUGUAAGCCUGAUGACACCACUCUAGUGGGUGUUCUUGCCGCGUGUGCCCAUCUGGGGGCCCUGGAGCAGGGGAAGUGGGUGCACAGCUAUUUGAAGGGAAAUAACCUUAGGGUUAGCGUUUUCUUGGGGUCGGCAUUGAUCGAUAUGUACGCAAAGUGCGGGGAUGCGGAGUUGGGUCUGAAGGUGUUCAACGAAAUGAGGGAUAAGAACUUGCUGGUUUGGACGACGAUGAUCAAAGGGCUCGCGAUGCAUGGCCGCGGUUUGGAGGCAUUGCAGCUCUUCUCAGAGAUGGAGGGAUCAGGUAUUGUACCUGAUGAUAUUGCUUUUAUUGGCGCACUGUGUGCGUGCACACAUGCAGGUUUGGUCGACAAGGGCCGUAAAAUGUUUGAUUCAAUGAUACAGCAGUAUGGUAUUAAGCCCAAGAUUGAGCACUAUGGUUGCAUGGUGGAUCUCUUGGCAAGAAAUGGGUUACUUGAUGAGGCUCGAAAAUUAAUAGAGCGUAUGCCUAUGAAGCCUGAUGCCCUUAUCUGGGGAGCCUUAAUGGCUGGGUGUAGAUUUCAUAAAAAUGUGGAACUGGCGGAAUAUGCGGUCAAGCAUUUGAUUCAAUUGGAGCCAGAAUGUAGUGGGGUUUAUGUCCUUUUGGGCAAUAUAUAUGCUGCUUCGGGGAGACAUAAUGAUGCUAGGGGGAUCAGACAUUUAAUGAAGAGGAUGGGAGUGGAGAAGACACCCGGAUGUAGUUUGGUUGAGAUAAAAGGAAUGGUUCACCAGUUCAUUGUUGGAGAUACAUCUCACCCGCGGAUAAAAGACAUAUUGGCCAAGUGGGAAGAGAUUGAGGGCAGAAUAAGAAUUGAGGGAUAUGUCCCAGAUAAGAAAGAAGUGUUGCUCGACAUUGAGGAAGAAGAGAAGGAAGAUGUGCUUUCUCGACACAGUGAGAAGUUGGCAAUUGCUUUCGCGUUGAUUAGUACGGGAGACGGCAUGGGUAUCCGGGUGGUGAAGAACCUUAGAGUCUGCAGAGAUUGCCAUCAUGUAACUAAACUAAUAUCAAAAGUUUAUUGUAGAGAAAUCAUUGUGCGAGACCGGACACGGUUCCAUCUGUUUAAAAACGGUAUUUGUUCUUGCAAUGAUUACUGGUGAGGAGUAAAGUCAGCAUCAUUUCUAAAUCCAGAUUCAGUGAAGCUAAUUGCUGAUAAUAUUGCUGAUAAAGAAGAAGACAUUGGUUGAGCUUUUAAAGCUGUCAGGGAAAAGAACACUGACCAACUUUGCAGGUAUAUAUUUCAAUUUAAAUCCCUAAAUCGAAUAUAGGAGUUAUUACCUAGACGACCAAUAUUAGAAAGUGAGGCGUUUUGUCUAGGACCGGAACCAAGCUCAGGAGUAAAAUUAAAUCCUGGCCCAACUGUCUAUGUUCCGGGCAAGUUUCGGGUGCUCAAAACUAACAUUCUGGCUCAUGUGGGACUGAAAUUUGUAGCGGGACCAGUCUUGUGCUGAUUGGACUUGAGUUAAUCUCUGCCCAAAACUGGAUUUCGACUGCUUUUGGUAUUUAUAUCUGAUUUCAACAAUCAGCUUGCAGCUACAUUUGGUAUGAUUUCUUCCAUGUGUUUUCCUUGAUAAAUGGUAGCUACAGUAAACUGUGUCAUAUUUUGAAUGUGUAUAUAUUACAAUAUUUGAGUAUGAAUUUAUGAAUUCCUUGAAUCCUGCUGAUUUGGAUUCCGUCAAAUUUUAAACCCAACAGUGGCCUGAUUGACCUUGAGAACUUUAGGCUCGGCCCAAGAGGGGUUGGACCUCAAGUGCUUAACAAAAUUAGGACGAAAACCCUGCACUGAUUCAACUGCUGUACAUGUAUCUUGUUCUAACCCCAUUAGUACAACUCCGUAACACAUUUACUUUACAGGCUGCAAAACUUGUAGCCCUUUUUCAUAAACAACAUUUCAAGCGCCUAUCAGCAGUGGCAGCAGCAGCCCUUCUCUUCGCCACCUCUGAGCUCAUCCCUUCCCAUGAAUAUCCCACCUUCCACACCGCCAUUCCCGAAUGCCAAAUCAUGUCACGCCAUAAAGUUAAGAUAGAGGAGUGCUUGCAUAUAUUGAAAUUGAACGAUCAGAUGGCGAACGACGGGGCUGUAUCGACCGUCAUCUUGCCAUUGGCGGCACCAGGUGGUCACUCAGUGAGAAGCUCAUUUGUGAUGGAUGACAGCGACGACCUGCAGCAUCAGAGCUAAUCGUACUUAAAUGGUCGUUUAGCACUCAUGGUGCAGGCGUGAUCGAUUUAUCAGCCAUGUUUUUUUUUUUCCUUUUUUUUUUUUCCCCUUCACCUAGAAGUCAUGUAUCAUCUAUGGUGAUCAUAGAUAGUGAUGACAUAUCCACAGUAGCGAAAAUAAGAAAAAAUAGAAGCAAGCAGUUGAUUUUGCAUUUUCUUUGUGCAAUAUUUCUUAUUCUCGCUAUUUGCUGUCGCUUGGAUGUAGUUUAUCUUAGUUCUUCCCAGUGAAUCUUGCAAAAUGUGUUUGCAAAAUGAUCAACCACGCAUGUAAUGCACUAAUGCUAAGUUCCCUCUUCUCCAA